AGUUUCACCGUGGGAGUCAAAGCUCCCUUCUCCCGAACCAGUCCUUCCAUUAGGGUUUCGCAUCUCGUAUCCUCUCUCUCCCUCUCUCUCCUUCUCUCUCCCCUUCUCCCAUGGCGGUUCCCGGCCCUUACUCCGGCGUUAGCACCCUCGCCUUCGUGGCUCGUGCUUCGGCCUUCACCUUUGGGGUCGUCUAUGGGAGCAUCAAGCUCUCCUACCUCCGAUCGAAGGCGAAGUCCCACCAAAAGGCCGAGGCGAAGGGUCAUCACUGAAAGAACGGGGCAUGCGGCAUCCGGAGACUCUGAUAGGGAUUCUAAACUGUCCUCGUUUUAUUUUUCGCAGAAUGCCUCUGCAACUAUUUUCCGGUUUGCUCUUGAAGAUUGUUCAGAUCUGUUAACAUCAAAACAGAGAGAAUGAUAUUGUUUCCUUUUUGUUCGCGCUACAAUAAGUUUCUGUUGCUGGAUUAAAGCAGAUACAUGUGGGCUUCUGCUCUGAUACUUUUGCUGUUAGAGUUUGGAUGUUUAAUCCGAUGGCUGCUUUUUAACAAAUAUUUGCCGUAAAUCCAUCUAUUCUGAA